UGAUAACAUUCAAUGACUACUGUGUAUAUAUUAUAUACAUGCAAAAUUUAACUACAAGUAGUAAAAAGGUGGAAAACACUAAAAGAGGCUGAAGUUCGAAAAAAAUAAUGAAAACUAAUAAUUGUGUUUACAUGGCAUUUCUUCUAAUCACCACGUUGGUAUUGUUUGCUUGUCCAAGUUUGGCUUUUGAAGGUAAUGAGAAACCGUUGAUAGAUCCCAAUAUUGAUUUAGACUCGACUUUUGCAAGAUCUCCGAGUACGAGUGAAUACGAUAGAGACGUGCUUAAUAAACAGUCAAAAGAACUUGUUGAGUAUGCAGGGACUUGCGGUGAAAUGAUGGGAGGAAUUAAAUGUAACGAUGAAGUGAUGUCUGAGAUUCUUCAGAAUAAACCAACUUCGAGGUAUUGUUGUAUGAAAAUGAUGAUAUAUGGCCAAGAAUGUCACAUGGUGCUGAGGAAUCUAUUCUUUGAGACUUAUUAUUACAAACCAUUUGCUUCUAAAGGUCGUCCCAGGAUUCCUAAAGUUUGGAACAGAUGUUCUGCUGAAGUUGGUGGUUUUUAACCAUUUUUAAUUCUGAUAAUCUUGACUUUUGUUAUCAAUAAUAAUUAAAAA